AAAUGACGUCGAAAGAUUUGGGCUCAAAUGGUGAAUUUUGCAUUCAGUUUCAUGUGUAUUGAGCUCCUGCAAUAAGGACUCCGUAUGGUAUUGUUCUUCCAUGGACAGUUUGAGCUGCACACAACCCUUCUCGGCCUUACGUUUAUCCGACGCUCGACCGACACGGCGCGAGAUCAAGGGCUCGAACUCUCAAACGUCGUCGCGCGAGGAACCAGUUGCUCUUCGUCCCUCGACGACGAUACAAUGUCUACGCUUACAGCAGCCCGCCAGACUCAGACGCAUGGUCUCGGCCAGAGACCGUUCGAUCACGAAGAUUUCCGACCACCUCUACUCUUGUCGGAUCCGCCGAACCCCUCCCUCCACCACCAAACACAUCCUGAUUCAACGUCGGAAUCGAGCACGUCUCUCCGCACUGCGAUACAGUCGCCUCAUCCGUACCACGGCAGCGACAGACAGCUUCGGUCUUCUCAGAAUAAAACGAGAUUGCCAGAUUGGAACGAAUUCUACAAGAAUGGCCUUCCCCAAGAGAUCAUUGUCAUCGAAGAUACGCCGGAGCCUUGCCCGGACCGCCCGACAGACGAGCCCACGAGCUAUCACACCACCGCUCCCUCGAUAAAACCCGCCUCAACUAGGAAACGAAAAUUCGACGAAGAACCAGUUGCACAGCCCCAGAGACCCGCCGAUGAGCCAUACGUGGAGAAGUCGGGUGCGAGGACCGUACAGCCACAACGCGCGGAAAUCCGGUUACCACAGCCAAAUUCCACGCCGCAGUUGGGCUCGCCUGAUCCGCGAGUAAACCAGAAGAGGAAGAGAACCCGGUAUCAACUUGCGAAUGGAGCCAGUACGGACAUUGAUGCCAGGUCACUGCUGGGGACCAACAUCGAAUACAAAGGUCUCACCAAACCAGUGCUCAGAGCGAAAGAUGUGGCCGUCAGAGUCGGACACACGGGUUCGAGGGCCGAUAACAAGAAAAUUGAUGACGACGACGGACACUAUAUUGUUGUUCCUGAUGAAGAUCUCACCAGUCAAUACAAAAUCCGCAAACUCCUCGGUCAAGGAACUUUUGGCAAGGUCGUGCAAGCCCUCGACAGCAAAACCAACGAAGUGGUUGCCGUGAAGGUGAUCCGAUCCGUGCAAAAAUACCGUGAUGCAGCCAAAAUCGAACUGCGCGUUUUGCAGACACUCCGACAAAACGAUGCCGAAAACAAGUACAGGUGCAUUCAUCUUCGCGACUGCUUCGAUUUCCGCGGUCAUACCUGUCUCGUCAUGAAUCUGCUUGACUCUAGCAUUUUCGAUUAUCUCAAGGGUAAUGGCUUCGUGCCCUUCCCAAACAGUCAUAUCCAGAGCUUUGCCAAACAGCUCUUGACAAGUGUCGCUUUUGUCCACGACCUGGGACUGAUCCAUACCGAUCUAAAACCGGAAAACAUUCUCCUCUGUGACGCCUCCUACCAAACAUUCACCUACAAUCGCACCAUCCCCUCAUCCCGGACGUCCCCAGGUCGCCAAGCCGAACAUCGGAAGGUUCUCUUAAACCCCGAAAUCAGACUCAUCGACUUUGGAUCAGCGACUUUCCAAGAUGAGUACCACUCCUCUGUCGUGUCAACGCGCCAUUACAGAGCCCCUGAAAUCAUCCUCGGGCUUGGAUGGUCCUUCCCCUGCGACAUUUGGAGUAUAGGUUGCAUCCUCGUUGAAUUUUUCACAGGCGACGCGUUGUUCCAAACACAUGAUAACGUUGAGCAUUUGGCUUUGAUGGAAGCCGUGUUUGACAUGAAAAUCGACACCGAGUUGGUGCGGAAAGUUAACCGAAUGUCCUCUAGAAGCAACAGUGCAGCCAGUUACUUCAAGCGCUUUCGACUGAACUACCCGACUCCUGAGACAAACCGAGCUUCAAGAAGAUUCGUCAGAACCAUGAAGCGGCUAGAUGAGAUUAUUCCCACCAAAAGCAACACUUUUCUGAAACACUUUCUCGAUCUGCUCCAAAAAAUAUUCGUAUAUGACCCCGCUCGUCGCAUUACGGCAAAGGAAGCAUUAAAUCAUCCAUGGUUCCAGGAACCAGUACGCGAUGAUGGGACAGAAGCAGCGCGAAUCCGCCUGGAAAGAGCACAAAUGUUUCCACACAGCUCUCAGACACGGCUGUAGUCGUCGGUUCAAAGAACGUGGGUGUCGAGGAUUUUGAUUUGGGUACAUCUACGGCAUGAUCAUUGCGGGGACAUUUACUUUAUGACGGCGCUUUGGUUGAGUUUCUCAAUAAAGACGGGCGUACGCUCAAAGAUGGAAUGACGGGUCUAAACAAAGGAGACAGGAGUAGGUUUAUAUGAUGAUACCCAGUACAGAGGAUGAAUACAACUUGUCGCGUGCUCGUGUCACGUUAUGGAGUCUUGGUAUGGAUACAAUCCGCCCUAGACCAGUUGAAUGAACAAAUUGAACUACAUCUCUCA